UGGCUGCGGCUACGGCCGGAGACGGCGGUGGAGGAGGCAGCGGUGGGAGGCGGAGGCUUGUGACCGGGAGCUGCCUCACCCCCGAGCCCGGGCACCAUGAGCCAAGGCCCCCCUGCAGGGGAGAGCAGCGAGCCCGAAGCCAAGGUCCUCCACACGAAGCGGCUUUACCGGGCUGUGGUGGAGGCAGUGCAUCGGCUUGACCUCAUCCUCUGCAACAAAACUGCAUAUCAAGAAGUGUUCAAACCCGAGAACAUUAGCCUGAGGAACAAGCUGCGUGAGCUCUGCGUCAAGCUUAUGUUCCUGCACCCAGUGGACUAUGGGAGGAAGGCUGAGGAGCUGCUCUGGAGAAAAGUAUACUAUGAAGUUAUCCAGCUUAUCAAGACUAAUAAAAAGCACAUCCACAGUCGAAGUACUUUGGAAUGUGCCUACAGGACACACCUGGUCGCUGGUAUUGGCUUCUACCAGCAUCUCCUCCUCUACAUUCAGUCCCACUACCAGCUUGAACUGCAGUGCUGCAUUGACUGGACCCAUGUCACCGACCCCCUCAUAGGAUGCAAGAAGCCAGUAUCUGCCUCAGGGAAGGAGAUGGACUGGGCACAGAUGGCAUGCCACCGAUGUCUGGUGUACCUGGGAGAUUUGUCGCGCUAUCAGAAUGAAUUGGCUGGUGUAGACACUGAGCUACUAGCUGAGAGAUUUUACUAUCAAGCUCUGUCAGUAGCUCCCCAGAUUGGAAUGCCUUUCAACCAGCUGGGCACCCUUGCAGGCAGCAAAUAUUAUAAUGUGGAAGCCAUGUAUUGCUACUUGCGCUGCAUCCAGUCAGAGGUGUCCUUUGAGGGAGCCUAUGGGAACCUCAAGCGACUGUAUGACAAGGCAGCCAAAAUGUACCACCAGCUGAAAAAAUGUGAGACUCGGAAACUGUCCCCCAGCAAAAAGCGAUGUAAAGACAUCAAGAGGUUGCUGGUGAACUUCAUGUACCUGCAAAGCUUGCUGCAGCCCAAAAGCAGCUCCAUGGACUCAGAACUGACCUUGCUUUGCCAGUCAGUCCUAGAGGAUUUCAACCUCUGCCUCUUUUACCUACCCUCCUCACCCAACCUUGGUCUGAGCACUGAGGAUGAGGAGGAGUAUGAGAAUGGAUAUGCUUUCCUCCCUGACCUCCUCAUAUUUCAAAUGGCCAUCAUCUGCCUGAUGGGUGUGCACAGUUUAAAGAGAGCAGGAGCCAAGCAGUACAGCGCCGCUAUCGCCUUCACCCUGGCCCUCUUCUCCCACCUCGUCAAUCAUGUCAACAUACGGCUGCAGGCUGAGCUGGAAGAGAGCGAAAACCCUGUUCCGACAUUCCAGAGCGAUGGCACAGAUGAACCAGAGUCAAAAGAAUCACUGGUGAAGGAGGAUGAGGAGCCAGAGCCUGAGCCUCCCCCCACGGCCUUACAAGGCGAUGAUGAGGGCAGAAAGAGCCGGAGGUUCUCCCGUCUGUCUUGCCUCCGUCGUCGUCGCCACCACCCCCCCAAGGCUGGUGAUGACAGCGACCUGAGUGAAGGUUUUGAAUCAGACUCAAGCCGGGACUCAGCCCAGGCCAGUGAGGACUCGGACAGUGGCUCUGACAAGAGUCUAGAAGGUGGAGGCACAGCCUUUGAUGCAGAGACAGACUCAGAAAUGAAUAGCCAAGAGUCCAGAUCGGAUCUGGAAGAUAUGGAGGAUGAGGAAGGGAUACAGUCUCCAGCCCUGGAGCCCCCUCGAGCCCGAUCAGAGGCUUCCGAUUCCCUCAAUGGCCCUCUGGGCCCCAGUGAGGCUAGCAUUGCCAGCAAUCUGCAAGCCAUGUCUACCCAGAUGUUCCAGACCAAGCGCUGUUUCCGACUGGCCCCCACCUUCAGCAACCUUCUCCUGCCGCCCACUGCUGAACCUCACACUUUGGCCAGUUGCAGACCCUGUGUCAACGGGGAUGUGGACAAGCCUUUGGAGCCAGCCUCUGAGGAAGGCUCUGAGUCAGAGGGAAGUGAGUCCAGCGGCCGCUCCUGUCGCAGUGAACGCAGUCUCCAAGAGAAGCUACAGGUCCUGACGGCUGAAGGCCUGCUUCCUGCUGUGAAAGUCUUCCUGGACUGGCUCCGCACCAACCCUGACCUCAUCAUCGUGUGUGCGCAGAGUUCUCAAAGUUUGUGGAACCGCCUGUCUGUGUUGCUUAAUCUGUUGCCAGCUGCCAGUGAACUUCAGGAUUCUGGCCUGGCCCUGUGUCCUGAGGUCCAGGGUCUCAUUGAAGGUUGUGAGCUGCCUGACCUCCCUGCUGGCCUGCUGCUCCCAGAGGACAUGGCACUGCGCAACCUGCCUCCUCUCCGAGCUGCUCACAAACGCUUUAACUUCGACACAGAUCGGCCUCUGCUCAGUGCGCUAGAGGAGUCGGUGGUGCGCAUUUGCCACAUCCGCAGCUUUGGUCACUUUGUUGCACACCUACAAGGCAGCAUCCUGCAGUUCAAUCCAGAGGUUGGCAUCUUCGUCAGCAUUGCCCAGUCUGAGCAGGAGAGCCUGCUACAGCAGGCCCAGGCCCAGUUCCGCAUGGCAGAGGAGGAGGCGCGACGAAACCGGCUCAUGAGAGACAUGGCUCAGCUCCGACUGCAGCUCGAGGUCUCCCAGCUGGAAGGCAGCCUGCAGCAGCCCAAGGCCCAGUCAGCUAUGUCCCCUUACCUCAUCCCUGACACCCAGGCCCUCUGCCAUCAUCUCUCUCUCAUCCGUCAGCUGGCCACGAGCGGUCGCUUCAUCAUUAUCAUCCCAAGAACAGUGAUUGAUGGCCUGGAUUUGCUGAAGAAGGAGCACCCAGGGGCCCGGGAUGGGAUCCGGUACCUAGAAGCAGAGUUUAAAAAAGGAAACAGGUACAUUCGCUGCCAGAAGGAAGUGGGAAGGAGCUUCGAGCGGCAUAAGCUGAAGAGGCAGGAUACAGAUGCCUGGACACUUUAUAAGAUCCUAGACAGCUGCAGACAGCUCACACUGGCCCAGGGGGCAGGAGAGGAAGACCCAAGCGGCAUGGUCACCAUCAUCACAGGCCUUCCACUGGACAACCUCAGUGUGCUCUCUGGGCCCAUGCAGGCUGCCCUGCAGGCUGCUGCCCAUGCCAGUGUGGACAUCAAGAAUGUUCUGGACUUCUACAAGCAGUGGAAGGAGAUUGGUUGAAACUGACCUCGAGGCCCUGCAGUGGGGCCGACUCCAGAUCUCUGCUGCUCUCCUUGGCGUCCAGGGUCACCACCUGUAGUCACCUCACCACAUACAGAAUCACGCACGCGCACACAGGAAGGAAGGCCAGCUGCACAGAGGCUGCAGGGAGAGCCCAGGAGCCAGCUGGGAGGGUGGGGGCCCUUUGUUGCCAAAACAAUGUCAGGAAAGGGAGAAGUGCUGGUGGGCCCCUAGCCAGCCCUCCCACCUUGACCCUUUUGCUGUCCCCUGGGCAGUGCCAGGCAUGGUUGUCUGCGUUUCACUGGAGAGGUCAUUCUGAGGAAAGGACACCAGAAGGACCUGUCUUCACCCAGGAUGCUGGUUGGGUGGGGGCCAGAGUUUAGAGCCUCCAGGCUCUGGGGGAAGAGUUGGGUUGUACCAAGUGUCUGUAUGGUUCUGUGCAGGUCCCUCGCCUUGCUUGGAGGGGCAGGACUGCUCUGGAGCCAACUGGGGGGCACUUAGGGAAGCAGGGCCUGGAGCAGCCUGCACCACAGAGCAGGGCAGGGGCCACAUCCUCCUGGCACACCCCACUUCUGCUUCCUGUCUGCGCUGUCCAGCUUCCAGGUCACCUAGGGCUGCAGGUGGAGCGGCCCGCGUGCUGGGGAGGGUUCCUUGUGUCAGCCUGCAGCUGCUGUGCUGGGAUGGGUGUGGGCUGAGGCCGGGCCCCGCCACAUCCAGGGAGGGCUGAAGGCAGAGUGGCAGAUAAAAGAGGCGCCUGGAAGCUGCAUGCUCAGGACCCUCUGUCCGAGACCACCCACCUUUUGCCAGUCCCAGGACUAGAGGCCUGGUGGGCCAAGUGUGGGCUGGCUUUGGAGUGUUGAGUAACAAGUGAGAGCAGAGAUCAUGAGUAACUCGGGUAGAAGCUGCCCUAGAGCAGAGCUGGGGGAGGCUCUGGCCAGGGGUGUAUCAGCCCCUCUCAGGUGGAAGCAGAGCUGGAUGGGGCCAGGAGGCGAUCUCUGCAGACUCUCCUCCCCACCUCUGCUAACCCUCCAAGAUGGGUCUGGGAAAACGGGGGCAGUGGGGUUGCCUUACCUCCAGCUCCUGUGCAGAGACUCACGCAUCACUUAAUAAAACCCCCAAGCCCA